AAAGCGCUGGCCAAGAUGCCGGAGACGCUGCCCGCGACGGCCACGGUGACGGCGUCGAGCAUCGAUUGCACCGUGGCGGUGCUGAAGGUGCCCACGCCCACCCUUCAGCUGCCGCAGGUGUGCAACCUGCAGAGCCUCGGGCUCAUCAUGGAGCCCAAUAAUAUAAAUAUUGAACUGAAUCCCGCCGCCAUGUCGGGCUUCAAGAUGAUGACUAUGGACAUUACCAAAACCGAACCCGGUCUAGUCGGGCUUAACUCCAACCAACAGCAGCAGCAGCAGCAGCAGCAGCAACAGAACGCCGGCAUGAAUCCUGGUGGCCAGAACAAUGGUCCCAAUCCCAACAAUAGUAAUGGGAACAACAACAACAACAAUGGCCAUGGCGGUGUGGUCAACGUGGUGAAUUCCGGCGGUGGCGGCGUUGGCGUUGGUAGCGCUGGCGGUGGUGGCGGCGGCGGUGGAGGUGGCGGUGCCAAUAUUCAAAGUAUUGCCGCUGCUGCCAACAACAACAAUAAUAACAACAACAAUGGCAGCCAACUAUGCGCCGGUUGUGGCAAGCACAUCCAAGAUCGCUACCUGCUGCGUGCCCUCGAUAUGCUGUGGCACGAGGACUGCCUCAAGUGUGGCUGCUGUGACUGCCGGUUGGGCGAGGUGGGCUCCACCCUCUACACCAAAGGCAACCUGAUGCUCUGCAAGCGUGACUAUUUGAGAUUAUUUGGCAAUACUGGCUAUUGUGCCGCCUGCAGCAAGGUGAUUCCGGCCUUUGAGAUGGUGAUGCGGGCCCGGACAAAUGUCUAUCAUCUGGAAUGUUUCGCCUGCCAGCAAUGCAAUCAUAGAUUCUGUGUCGGCGACCGGUUCUAUCUGUGCGAGAACAAGAUCCUGUGCGAGUACGACUACGAGGAGCGUCUGGUCUUCGCCUCCAUGGCCAAUCAUCCGAUGCUGAAGCGUCACGUAUCCUCCCUGGGCCAGGGCUCGCCCACUGGAGCUGCUGGCGGCCAGAAUGCGCCGGGUGGUCUGCUGGGCGGUGGACCCGGUUCCAAUGUCAAUGGCGUGGGUGUGGGCGUGGGCGGUAUGGUGAAUGGACCGCGUACGCCUGGCGAUCACAAUAACAACAAUAAUGGACCCCAGACACCAACUGGAGGUGGAUCACCGUUCGCCGCUGCCGCAGCAGCUGCCGCCGCCGCCGCUCACAUGAAGAAUCAGCUGGGAGCGUCCAGCUAAAAUAAAGCCCUGGGCAUGGGCGCUGCCGGAGCUGGACAGGGUUCGGUGAUGGGCGUUGGACAGCAGCCGUUCUACGGAGCCGGUGGCUUCGGAUUGCAACAGCAGCAGCAACAACAACAUCACCAGCAACAACAACAUCACCAACAACAGCAGCAGCUCAUGGGCUUGGGUUUGGGCGGUGUAGGUGGAGGUGGAGCCGUUGGAGGACUAGGUGUUGGUGGUGGACAUGUCAUUGGGGGAGGAUCUGCUGGUGGAUCCGGUGGAGGAGCAGCAGCAGGUGGUGGUGGAGGAGGCGUUGGCAGCAUUAGCAGUGGCUGCAAGCGCUACCAAAGAAAGUUCUACAACCGCAAUUGAAAAUUUAAGAAAAGAUCGAAAAGAAAUCGAUAGAAAUCGAUAAAAACGCGAUAAACGGAAAGGAAAGAAUCCGAGCGAUAAAUGCGAAAUCGAAAUUCAAUUUUCGUUUGCUUUGACUGAGUUCAAGUUUUAUAGUUUUUUAGUUUCAUAGUUUAUAGUUUAAAAGGAGAAGAGUAAAGAUCUAGUUUUUAGUUAUUAGAAGUACACGAACUGCUUGCUGAAGUUGAAGAAGGAUACUGUUCUGUCUAGAUCGAUAUAACAUUUAAGCGACAAUAUUUUUUUUUUUUUACUUAGUUGUAUAUUUAAAUCAUUAAUUUCUUUUUCAUCCUGCCCCU